AUGUGGGGCCCGGGCGCACUACGCCGGGCACGAGCCCUCUUCGGGCGGCUGCGGCCGGGGCUGUUUCGGGCUUCGGGACGCCGCGGGCCGACGGCUUCCUCCUUCUCCGCAUCUGCCGAGCCCUGCCGGGUGCGGGCGCUGGUCUAUGAGCGCCACGGGGACCCAGCCAAGGUCGUCGAACUGAAGAACCUGGAGCUCGCUGCUGUGGGCGGAUCGGAUGUCCAUGUGAAGAUGCUGGCGGCCCCUAUCAAUCCGGCUGACAUAAAUAUGAUCCAAGGAAACUAUGGCCUCCUUCCCAAACUGCCUGCUGUUGGAGGAAACGAAGGCGUUGGCCAAGUGGUGGCGGUGGGCAGCAAUGUGACGGGGGUGAAGCCAGGAGACUGGGUGAUCCCAGCCAAUGCCGGCUUGGGGACCUGGCAGACCGAGGCUGUCUUCCACGAAGAAGCGCUGAUGAGCGUUCCGAGUGACAUCCCCCUCCACAGUGCUGCCACCCUGAGUGUCAACCCCUGCACUGCCUACAGGAUGCUGGUGGACUUUGAGCAGCUGCAGCCAGGGGACUCUGUCAUCCAGAAUGCGGCCAACAGCGGAGUGGGGCAGGCAGUCAUCCAGCUCGCCGCCGCCCUGGGCCUGAGGACCAUCAAUGUGGUCCGAGACAGACCUGACAUCCAGAAGCUGACCGACAGACUGAAGCGUCUGGGAGCGGAGCACAUCGUCACAGAGGAGGAACUCCGAAAGCCUGACAUGAAGAACAUCUUUAAGGCCACACCCCAGCCUCGGCUUGCUCUCAACUGUGUCGGCGGGAAAAGCUCCACUGAGCUGCUGCGGCAGUUAGCGCCUGGAGGAACUAUGGUGACCUACGGGGGGAUGGCCAAGCAGCCCGUCACAGCCUCUGUGAGCCUGCUCAUUUUUAAGGAUCUCAAACUCCGGGGCUUUUGGCUGUCCCAGUGGAAGAAGGCCCACAGUACAGAGCAGUUCAAGGAGCUGAUCCUCACCCUGUGUGACUUCAUCCGCCGAGGCCAGCUCGCCGCCCCGGCCUGCUCCGAGGUCCCCCUGCAGCACUACCAGCAGGCCUUGGAAGCUUCCAUGAGGCCCUUCGUGUCCUCAAAACAGAUCCUCACCAUGUGACACCCACAGUGGGAGGGGAGGGCUCACAUCCCUUCUCCAGGCUAUUUAUUUCCCAACUGCUGCUGCCCACCGGGAGGACUGGAGACCAGGGGGCUUCUUGAAGGCCAGCCUGCUCCCGUGGGCCCAAGAAAGUAUGAACUUUCUAAGACAGCAGCCGUGCCCCGCCAGGAGGGCCACUGUGCCCCGCCCUUUCAGCCCUAGGAAUUUCUAUCUCCCCUCUGCUGCUGCUGUUCCCCCAGAAUCACUUCCAGACCACCUGAAAGCAAGGACAGCGCUGGGGCACAACCAAGGAGAGGAAGCUCUCUGCUCUCGAGCUUCCCAGGCCCACGGAGAAGAGUCUUGUGGAAAGGAAGGUUGGACUCGCUCCCAGGCACCCGACUGCCAGCCUGAGGGCACUGCGGAAGCAGGGCCACUGUCCUGCCGGAGCACUCUUCUCCCAAGGGAUCUCAACCUUACCCUCAGGGGCGUCAAUCCCUGUCUGGAGACAUUUUUUCUGUUGUAGCAGAUGGAAUGCAGGCAUGUACACAGCAGCCCCUGCAACAAAGAGUCUGCAGGCUACAUGGUCCUAGUCUUGCUGUUGAGAAACUGGUCCCUAAACAUGUUUGGAGCCCAGGGCUGCACAAACUCCCAGACACAUUUCCUGAUGAAAGUGUGUACUGAGAAAGUUAACAAGUCGUAAUGCUAGUGAGAAAUGCUCAGGGUGGUUGUUCGCCAGGAAAUGUUACAAAGUUGCAGGUCUGCCAGUAAACACCCAAGGGACAUGCCCCUCUGCUGUAAGCCUUAACCAAAGGCGUUCAGCUCAAGGUCUGAAUCAGCAGCCCCAGCUCCCUGAUUUAAGUGCCCAGAGGUACCCCACUCCGCAAGCUCAGCCUCCUGCGCAGAAGCACUCAGCUUACUUGCUCUGUGGGUUGGGAAGACUUUACUCUGUUCCACGCUCUCUCGCGCUCCUGGCUCUCCUGCCGCUUCUCUGAUGGAGCGACCACCUGGAUCGAGGAGACUCACUGAGCAGGUCUCUCAGGUCCAGAGAGCGUGACGUGGUUCACUCCUGGCCCUUGCUGGUAAGGAGAUGCCUGCUGCCACUUCUCGGAGGGCUCAUGGUACACACAGCGGGUAGUACACCAGAGAAUCCUAUUCACAAUUUCUCACAGGGGAAUCCAGUCUGUAGCUUCCCUCACCAUCUUAGGAGACUCAUAUUAGAGAUUUUGACUAGAAGAACCCCAUUAAAUAAUUUACCGCCCCUGCA